GCCGUCCUGAUUUGACGUCUGAAGCGAGUCUGGUGAGGACACAUCAGAAAACUCUCGUACUUCCUGUAACAGCUUCAGAACCGAAUCACAACUCUCAUAACCAGACGCAUCUGCAUCGCCCACCGCCGGACUCGUGAGGACUGUAACCUGACUGUCUGUGUCUUCAUUCCCGCUGAUGAAAUGCCUCGAUCGUUUCUAGUGAAAAGUAAGAGGGCGGGGCAUCACUCCACACGCUCCGCCCGCUCUCAGCAUCAGCGUCAUGACAGAUGGACAUCCAGCAGUCACUCGACGGCUCUAGAGCUGCUGCCCUGCACAUCCAGUGACGGCAACCGGACUCAUAACAGCACUGCUGAAGCUGAACCCUGGCCUUCUGCCACGGCUGUGAAGCAGUCUGGAGUUUGCCAGUUGACUGACCUGUCGUCCUCGGCUGCUUUGGAUAGACAGAGCGAUCUGGAGCGUCUGAUUCAGGCUUUACUCAGUCACCAUCAGAUGGCCAACAUCCAGACGCCGCUGUGUGAAUGUCCGCUCUGUGAGAAGCUCCUGACCUCUGCUGUGGGUUUGGCAUCGCACUUGUGCAAGUCACCUGUCAACAGGGCUACCCUCCCACUGGGUGGCUCCACGGGCCACGCCCAGCAGCAUUAUGGGUACAGACCUACAGGAAUACUGAGGGUGAGAGAGCGGAGUUUUGGCUGUAAGGUUUGUGGGAAGGUUUUUAAGAGGUCAUCGACUCUAUCCACACACCUGCUCAUUCACUCAGACACACGGCCGUUCCCAUGUCCCUAUUGCGGAAAGAGAUUCCAUCAGAAAUCUGAUAUGAAGAAGCAUACGUUUAUACACACAGGUGAGAAACCUCAUGUGUGCGUGGUGUGUGGUAAAGCAUUCAGUCAGAGCUCCAAUCUGAUCACACACAGCAGGAAACACAGCAGCUACCAGCCGUUCAGCUGCGCGCACUGCCCGCUCAGCUUCCAGAGGAGACUGGACCUACAGCGCCACCUGCAGACCCACUCUGAGAAUGACAACGGACUGUAUCACGGGACCUGAGAGAGACCAGCUGCACACAAACACCUUGUUUAGCUCAAUGUACAGGGGUCAUAUUAUAUAUAUAUAUAUAUAUAUAUAUAUAUAUAUAUACAUAUAUUUUUUUUUUUUUUUUACGCACUAUAUAAUGUUUGCUCCAAAAACCAUACGUUUGCUUCCAACUUGAUUGCACACAUUGCAUUGUGAAAUAUGUCAGAACACAUCUAGCAGGCUACACAUUGUAUACUGUAGAUUUAUAGACGUGUUAUGAUUGGCUGCUUAUGGUUGUGAUGUCAUAAUCACAGAACGUUUUGUCAGAACAUUUCAAAUGAAUGAAGAAUCGCCAUG